CCAACUAUCAAAACUUACACCAGAAACGCCUCCGCCUUUUCCCUUCAUACAUCCUAAUUCUGCCUCCAUGCCCAUUCUUCUCAAAUAGAGCACCCCCAAGAGAACACAUUCGCGGCGGCUGCUUUUGAUUCCGGCAGAGCAGAGCACCGCGACUUCCACUACUCUCAAGUCAAAAAAGAAAGGACAAGCGAGCAAGUGGGUAUCGAGGUGAGCCCAGCCCGAGUCAUUCAUGUCAAGUUGCACUCCGCGUUCUUCUUUGGACUUGCUUGAGUUUGACCCAAAGCAUUGCCUUUGCCUUUGCCAUUACCUUCGCCUCGCAGGUUGCUGGUAACAGCCAUUUACUGCCCUGCUAUUUCAUCUACCAUUUGGCUUCGGGACUCGUAUCCGUCAGGCUAUGGGACCACUUUGAUUUUCUAGACCCUCGCCCUUGUCCUGUCUUGUCUACAUCAAGCCAACCAGCCAUCAUCACAUCGAUACUUUUUCAUCUGCAUUGUCAUCAAUCUUUUCUUCUUCUUUCCCUCCAUCUUCCAUCUAUGCUGCUCUCGCCACAUAUCGAUGCGCAUUCGUUUACACUGUCACACCAUCAGGCUUUGACGUUGUCGCAUUUUUCUCUUAGCUAGUAUUGCUCGACCUUCUUAUCGUUAACAAUCAUGCCUAGAGACGACUUGUCUAUCGACUUCGUCAAGAGGAUGCCUCAAGCCGAAGCCCUCGACCCUGGCUUGAUCCUCGACGACUGGAUUAACCGCGUCCAAAACCUUCCCGAAGAGAUCCGUUUCAUACAAGAAGAGGUCGCCGAUAAAGAUCGUCAAUACUCCGAGUGCUUACGUACGAUCGAGGACCGGGACGGGAAGAUACAGAAAUGGAUCAAGACCAACGGAAGUCAUGAGCCAAAUCCCAAGGAAGAUCUUCUUCGAAAACAGGUCCGCGACAGUUUUGCGCAAGCCGACCAACUAUCGAAAGAAAAGAUCGCAUUGUGCCAGAAGAUGCAGAUCAUAGUAGACAAGCAUCUCAAAAACCUGGACAGCCAAAUUAAGUUGCUUUACGACCGAGCCGAACCUGGCUUUACCGAUCCUGACGAAGUUCCCUCACUACUUCGACCGAGCGCUGCAAAUCAUACUGCCCCUUCGAUCCGGGCCAUAAACCCAGCAAGUCAUAUGACGACUGCGGCUGGCCCCUCGACUCCUCUCGCCGCUGCGCAAACCUCUUCCAAUCCCGCACUUGCUCGGCUCCCCAACCACCCCAAUGUUCGUCACGCACAGUCUCAGCAGCACGCAGCGUCUGCUCCGGCAACACCCGCAGCCAGCAUGAUCUUGAACCGACAAAGAGAAGGCUCUGCAGGACCCGCUACAAAGCGCGUUGCUCGGGUGAACCCUGCUUUGGGGACUAUACCAACUACAUCAAGCGGUUUGGCAAGACACUCAUCACUUGGACCCGGCACCCCUAAGGGUAGUGCCAUUGGAGGGUCUGGUCUUGCGAGGGCAGGUAGUGCAGGCCCAAGAACCGGGCCUGUAAAGUCAACAGGACCAUUGAGCGGCCGUCGAGGCACGCCAACAGGUGGAAUACGGAAGAAGUCUACCAACAAGUCGAAUCUUUCUCGAGUUAAGAAAGCCUCGAAUCGAAACUCGCCUGCGCCAACGAAUGACAGUGAACUUUCGGACGUCGACAGCGGCAGUGGAGAGGACGAAGAUGGUGCCGACGGUCGGUCAAGAAGUACGCCCGUGGCCGAUGAGGCUGGCGACGACAAGAAGUAUUGCCUUUGCCAUAACGUGAGCUACGGGGACAUGGUCGCGUGCGACAACGACAAUUGUCCGUAUGAGUGGUUUCACUGGUCAUGCGUCGAUCUCAAGAGCGAGCCCAACGGGACAUGGUACUGCCCUAAGUGUAGAGAAAAGCUACAAAAGAAGGGCAAGUAGGAAGGCCCUGAAACUACUGAGCUUUACGUACCACACCCAAUUGAGGUGCUCAGGACUUGUUAAGGAAAGCAGUUCGAUUAAAGGUGGCGUUUAGGAAAGGCAUAUAAUAUACCCAUGUUGCUUUGAGCAGUACAGUUUCUGGUACUCGAACGCAGAAGCCGAAGAUGCACGCAUUGCUUAACCCCUCUCGGGAAUUGACGAUAUACUUGGGAUUCAAUAUGCCUGUGUCGGUCCAAGAACGCACUGAACAACCCCUCUUCGGACCCCCUCUACCUCUUCUCUGAGCUGUUCCACUCGAGCUCCUUUCUGACGUGCUUUGUCAAUAAAGUCAUCCAGUGAACCACCAACCCCAAAGUAUAGGCGUUUUGCUCCUACAAGAGCAGCUGCUUCGUUUCCAUCGGUCUUCUUCUCCCUUUCCAGUAUUAAGAAGAGGGUCUCGAGGAAGGCCUGGAGGGCAAAUGGAGAGUAAAUUGUUUCUGCACCGAGGAGCAGCGUGCUCCUUUCAUGAUCAUGCCUUGAAGGUAGAGCGUAUAUGAGAUCGACGAACUCCUGUGACCAAGCGCCAGACACAAACGAGAGGGUGACGUUCGCUUCCUUGAGUGAUUGUUCGAAGGCGGCGAGAACAUCAGGGCCUAGCUCAACCUCGCCCUCAAUUGAGAAAGCUUGUUGGAGAGCAGGUAUAUGGGGGUUAGUAAGGGCCCAUGAAAGGAUAAAGUUGGGCAAAGUGACGAGCUGAAGAACUGAAGGGUUAUAGUCCGCCAUGAUGAGAGACAGAGGCUUGUUUUCAGAUGUUGAGGCCAUGGCCCAUUGGAAGACUGCCAAAGAUGGUAGAGCUGUACCGCAUCCAAGCUGUUGGUCUAGGGUUAGAUAUAUCAUGUUAUAAGUAUAAUUUAUUUCACGUACCUCCAUGACUCGAAG